UUAAAGAAAAUGUAAAUUAUGAGCACACUAAAUAAUUGUAAUUUUUCACCAAAUUCGUUGACCUCUACAACGCCUAAAAGGAGACCACCUUUGGCGUUGCUUAAAAGAGGAACAAGUAUAGCUCCAUCUCCAGAACUCAAUUCAGCAUCCUCCAGUAGAGAAAAUGCUUUCUCGUUUCAUCAAAAUCCAAGAACUUGUAUUCUUUUUGCGAAAAAUAAUAUUUCUGUAUAUUUUGGAGGAAGAGAACAACAAGGUUAUCUCACACUUCAACAAGACAUUAAUGGAAUUUUAACGCUUAAAUGGGCGCCAAAUGCUUUACUUCAUUCUGACACAAACCAACACAACUCUUUUACAUCAAAAACUUCUUUUGAACUCUCUUCUCAUAGUCAUCAAACACCUUUUUCAAUAAGAAUGGAGACGAUUACACACAUUCAUUUACAUCAAAAAAAAGAAUCAAUUUCCUUCUAUGUUGUUGUUUUGGUUGAUUCUGAUGGUGUUGAACAAAUAGCUUUUCGUUUUGGACAUAAACGACAAUGCUUAACUUUUUUGUUUGCUGUAGAAAAUGGGCUGGCGCCGCUUUUUCGUAUUCAGCCUCCUUUGGAGACGAUUAAAGGAAUUGAAGAUGAAUCUUCCACAAAUAUCAAAAAUACAGCAGAAGAUAAAUCCAAUUGCAAGGAAACUAGUGUUGGUCUAAUUUUCAGUAUCGUUUCUUUUGCUUCUACAAUAGGUCCAGCAAUUGUUGUUCCGUCGUUUAAUUUGACUAAAGCACCUUUUAAAAUGACGAGUGAGAGAUCCACAAGUAGAGAAAAUUCAAAAGAUGAUGAUGGACAGGCUGUUAGGUCUUCUUUGGUUAACGCAACAAAAGCAAUGAAAACACAAAUUUUAAGUCGAGCAUUUAAUGGUUGGUUAUCUUAUUGUCGACAUAUGAGAAUAAUUUCGACUCGUUUGGCAAAUAUUGUAUAUGAAAUUGAAAAUUGUGGAAAUGAAGAAGAAGAAAAUGGAAUUGAUGGUGAAUUAAUGCCUGUAACUGAAACAUUUUGGAAAUUGUGUAGAAUGGAGAAAUCGAUUCCUCUUUACAAACAAUUUUUGUCUCGUGUCUAUUUUUGUGGAAUAGAAAAUGAUUUUCUUCGUGCUCAAUCUUGGCCUUAUUUAUUAAGAAUUGUUGAAUGGCAUGAAGAUUUGGAUAAAUAUAAAAUUGAUUUUUUAAGAAAAGAAUAUGAAAAAGAUUCGAAUGAAUGGAUGGAAAUUGAAAAAAAUUUUCUUUCAAAUUCUUUACAAAAAAAUGAAUAUUCUCGUCAAAAUUCGGAAAUUAUAACAACAGAAUUUUCAAUUCAAAAAGAUUAUUUUCCUUCUUCUACACGUUCAGAAUCAACAAACUCUGAUGUUUUUGAAGAUUUGGAUGUUGUUGAUUUUGAUGAAAAUGAAUUGACAAAUUCAGAAAAUUUAUUGGCAAAAGAACUAAUGGCAAAUUUAAUUCGUGUUCAAAAGGACGUCGAUCGUUGUGAUAGAAUAACUCGUUUUUAUUCAAAAAUGGAAAAUUUAAUUAUUUUACGUAAAAUAAUGGUUACUUACAUUUAUCGACGUUUAAAAAUUGAUAUAAACGAUGGGUAUGUUCAAGGAAUGUGCGAUGUUCUGGCCCCUUUAUUAGCUUUAUUUGUUGAUGAAUCGUUAACUCUUGCUUGUUUUGAACGUUUAAUGUUGAGAAGAAUGGCUAAAAACCUUCCUCAAUGCAAACAUAAUAAUGAAAUGGAUGAAAACUUGAAUCAUUUUCGUUAUUUAGUAGAAGUUAUGGAUCCAGAAUUGUAUUCUCAAUUAAUGCGAAAUGUGGAUUAUUCUUUUGUUGUUUUUUAUCGUUGGCUUUUACUUGAUUUUAAGAGAGAAUUACAAUAUUCUGACGUUUUUCAACUUUGGGAAGUUAUUUGGUCUGCAGAAGUUCUUUGUUCUCGCCAUUUUGGUUUAUUUUUUGGUUUGGCUUUGUUAACACAAUACAGGGAAAUAUUAAUUGAAAAUGAUAUGGAUUUUACUGAUGUUAUAAAGUUUGUUGAAUUUAUUAUUUUAAAUUGAGUCAUUUGUAGUUUAGUGGUAAUUUGGUGUUAGGUUUAAAGGGUUGGGGUCAUUUUUAAUUAAAAAGUGUAUUAGUCGUGGCUUCGAAUCCCGAGGGUGUUUUUUAUUUUUGCGAUUUUGCGUAUUUUAGUUUUUCAUGAGUCAUCCGUGGUGUAGUGGUUUGAUGUUGGGUUUAGAGGAAAAAUGAUUUUGUGGGUUCGAGCACCAUGAGUGGGCUUUAUUUAAUUCUUGUGAUUUUGUUGAAUUUAAUUUUUCAAUUGUCGUUCGUAAUGUUAUGCGUUAAUGUUUGGGUUUAUGGGGAAGGGGCUUGGGUUCG